AAAAGAAAAAAAGAAAUGAUCGCAGUCUCAUCUCAAAGAUGUUUCUUUUAUGUUGCACGUGGAUCGUCGGUGCUGCCUCUUUUAGGGUGAAUGUUCCUGACAAGUUUUUGGUGGCGAUCCGGGGUCGUCCAGCUGUACUAGCCUGUGAGUUCACACCAGAUCCUGACCUGUCCAGCUUGGUGCUUACCUGGCAACGGGACUCACGUGUUGUCCACAGCUUCUAUUAUCAACAGGACCAACUGGACCGCCAGAGUCCAGAAUACCAUAAUCGGACAUCAUUGUUUAUUUCAGAGAUUGGUAAAGGAAAUGCCACCCUUAGAAUAAAUUCAGUUGGACCUAAGGAUGUGGGUCAGUACCUGUGCCUAGUGAGCAAUGCUAAAGGGACGGGAAAAGCUCAGAUAGAGCUGGACUACGGGGCUCUUUACUCUGAGCCCAGGUUAGGCAUCCAUGUAAACUCCUCUGCAUUGACAGUGCAGUUUGAGACAGAGGGAUUCCCCAAACCUGAGGUGAUCUGGCUGGAUGAACAUGGCCAGAACCUCAACUAUCACCUGGAGCUCCAUGACCAGUCAAAAGAUGGGCUUUAUUUAGUCAAGAGCAGCUAUGAGGCCCAGAAGCCGGCGGUUAAUGUCACAUUUACACUAAAGAACCACCUCCUGAACCAGAAACUUCAGAGACCCAUGUUCCUCAGCUAUGGUAAAGACCCUCUUUCACUCUGAACUAAGUGCAUGUCAGAAGGUAUUCACUGGGGUUAGUGAAGUAAAAUUGUGAUAUUAAAAUUCAGACCUAUUCACCAUGAAAAUGGAAGUAUAAUAGUCAUAAUAGCCAUGAUUUAUCCAUAAUGAACGUAUAGGCUGAAUAUAAUAAGAUGUUCACAGUCUCUGUGAAAGUGACAUUGAAUUAAGUGCUAUAUGACAUGUGAGAGGCUUUGUGAAUUCAUUACAAUUCUGCAGGCACAUUUUC